AUGAAUCCUUAUUCGGUUAUAAUCGAUAUUAUUGAAGCGAGAGGAAAUAUUGAUUUAUUCCGUGAUGACUUAACGCAGAAUAUUGAAGGCCUUUCUCAUAAAAUACAAAUUUAUGAAGCAGAAGUAUCUUAUUUGCAUGAUCUCGACAAGUUGACCAAUAAUGUAACUUCAACAUAUUUGCCAAUACUUAGAUCAGCACACGAAGCACUGCUCUCUAUAAAUAAAUAUGAUCAUUUCGAAAUAUAUUCCUACCAAAAGCCGCCUAAAAUUAUGGAAACAGUUAUGAUGGGCAUUCCAAUUCUUCUUGGCUGCAAAAAGCCUUCCUGAGGCCAAUAUAAAAUAAUAGCGCAGUGAAGAAACUUAUGGAAUGAUUUGCUAAGUCUUGAAGUGACUCCUAAGGCUUUGGAGAACAUAAAGCCAAUUAUAGAAGAAUUUGAAGGAAAUGAAAUGCAAUUAAAGAUGUGUUCAACAGCCCUUUAUAAAUGGUAUUCUUGAAUGUAA